AGUUCUUUCCAACCGCUAUUACCACGAAGAGUGUUCCGACGAAUCGACUUCCGCCAAAGUAUCAAGAGCUUCUCCUCCUUGUUAAUUAUUAUUAGUAAAUUGUUUGCUGUGCUUUUGUUGUUGUCGCGUUGACUUGAUCGUCUCUACUUCUUCAUAACUUGUCCUCCCCCCUUCCUCUUCCCUUUCUUUGCAAAGAAGGAUGUCUUCUGCCGUAGUGAAGCGUCCUACCCCGGCCCUCCCGCGCCGGGGCAACGAGAGCAAGAAGGACAGCAACACGCAGACGGAUGUGCGCCUGAGCAACAUCACCUCUGCCAAGGCCGUGGCGGACUGCGUUCGCACCUCCCUCGGCCCCCGUGGCAUGGACAAGAUGAUUAUUGACCCGAAGGGCGAGACGAUCAUCAGCAACGACGGCGCAACGAUCCUCUCCCGCCUGCAGGUGACGCACCCGUGUGCGAAGAUGCUGGUCGACCUGUCCAAGGCCCAGGAUAUCGAGGCCGGCGAUGGCACCACCUCCGUCGUCGUGCUGUGCGGUGCGCUGCUGCGUGCCGUGGAGGAUCUGCUGAACAAAGGCAUCCACCCCACCCAGAUCUCAGAGAGCUUCAAAGCGUGCGCCAAGAUGGCGGAGAAGGUGAUGGAGGACAUGAGCAUUAAGAUCGACAUCGAGGACCGCGACACGCUGAUCAAGGCAGCCAUUACCUCGCUGAACUCGAAGGUGAUCUCGCAGAACAGCGACCUACUGGCGCCCAUGGCGGUGGAUGCGGUGCGCAAGAUCAUCCGUGCCAACGGGGACGUCGACCUGCGCGAUAUCCGCAUCACCUCCGCGCUGGGCGGCACGAUUGACGAGACGGAGCUGAUCCAGGAAGGCAUGGUGUUCAAGCAGAAGGCCUCGCGCGUCGCCGGCGGACCGGUGCGCAUCCAGGACGCCACGAUCGCCCUCAUUCAGUUUCAGCUCUCCCCGCCGAAGACGGACAUGGAGAGCACCGUGACGAUCACCGACUACACGCAGAUGGACCGCGCUCUGAAGGAGGAGCGGAAGUACCUGCUGGGCCUCUGCAAGGCGAUCAAGGACGCCGGUGUGAAUGUGCUGCUCGUGCAGAAGUCCGUGCUGCGCGACGCCGUGACGGCGCAGUCGCUGGACUUCUUGGCCAAGAUGAAGAUCAUGGUGGUGACGGACAUCGAGCGCAGCGACAUCGACUUCAUCACCAAGACCCUCGGUUGCAUGCCGGUGGCGAACCUGGAGAACCUGACGAAGGACAAGUUCGGCCACGCGAAGUCGGUGGUGGAGGAGGGCACGUCGAGCGGGAAGGUGAUCAAGAUCCUCGGCGUGCAGCCGCCGCCGCCGUCGACGCUGAACCACGAGUUCUUCGGCAAGACGGUCUGCUUCUUUCUGCGCGGCAGCAACACGCUGAUGCUGGAGGAGGCGGAGCGCGCCCUGCACGACUCGCUGUGCGUCAUCCGCUCCAUCGUGAAGAAGCGCGCCAUCAUGCCGGGCGGCGCGGCGGGCGAGAUUGAGGUGUGCAUGCAGUUGGGCAAGUACGCGCGUGAGCGGGCGGAGGGCAUCCAGACCUUCUGCAUGCGCUCCUACGCGGAUGCGUUCGAGAUUAUCCCGUACACGCUGGCCGAGAACGCCGGCUUGCAGCCCAUCUCGAUCGUCACGGAGCUGCGCAACGCCCACGCCUCGGGCAGCGUGAACAGCGGCGUGAAUGUGCGCAAGGGCUGCGUGACGGACAUGGUAGAGGAGAACGUGGUGCAGCCGCUGCUCGUGGGCACCUCGGCUGUCCGCCUUGCCUCGGAGGCCGUCAUGAUGAUCCUGAAGAUCGACGACAUCAUCAUGACCCGCAUUUAA